AUGGAUUCUUGGCAUAUGAUGAUUCGUGGCUACGCAAAUAGUACGAUGGGAGAUGAUGAUCCAAAUGAACGCCUCAACAUCCUAAGUAGGUAUUUAGACUUGCUUAAUGCUAGUAUCAAGACUCCUCUAGAAGUUGUUCACCAAGCUAUUUUCGUUUCAACCUAUGUGGUGUCUAAUGAUGCUUAUAUGGAAGUUGUUGACCAAGAAGAUGUUGUUGGCUUAUCUGCUGAUGUAUCUAAAAAGGCUUUUAAGGAGAUUGUCCAAUUAUCUACUGUUGGCUUGUCCGUUAAGUCAUCUGAAGAAGCUUAUCUGGAUAUUUCUCACUAA